AUGCGGUUGACCAUUUUCCUGCUGCUCGUUGUCCUACUUGCCGGUGUCUACGCACAAUCUACGGCAAAGGAAAUGCGCCAAGUUUCUCGAACUGAGCCACCACUCGAGGGCAACGGCGGGGAACUCAAGUCACAGGAAGAGGGCGUUCGAUGCGACACUGAAGAACGAAAUACGAACGUGUUGUCGGCGAAGGUGAAGAAAUGGGGUAAGUCCAUUCCAGGAACUCCUGCCUACAAAGCGGCGAAGGCUUUACAAAAAGAAAAAGAAGACAAGCUGUAUAGAAUGUAUGCGCAAGGAAUGCUCGACGACGACCUAUUCACGUUAUUCCGUAGAUGGUACGAAAAAGACAUGAGCUACGGGCCGUAG